GAUUUUCCGUCGAUGAAAACGUUGAUUGUGCAGUACACUAUGUUGAAAGUUGGAUGUUGAAACUGGAAAGUUGUGGGGAAACCACAUAAAUAUUUACGAAUGGAAAAUAUAUUGGAAGAUUACUUAUUUCAGGUGCAUUCUGGAACAUGCUUAAAUGUAUCGGAACAAGUAAAUGAUAUAAAAGAAAUAGUUCUCAAAGAAAAGAACGAAUCGGUUAUCCUAGUUUUGUUGAACAGACAAAAUGGAUUAGUGCCAUUGUUGUCCUCGUUCCGAGAUUCCAGAAAGGAAGGAAACACAGUGGAAAUAAUAAAAAAUGUGUUGGAAAUUUUUGCUUACUUGCUUGAGCAAUUCAAAGAAGCAAUGAGUAGCCAUUUGGUAGUUAUCAAAAAUUCCAUCCUGCAGUAUAUGAACUCUAAAGAUGCUAAAUUACGAGAAGCUUCCUAUUCUGUUCUUUCCCAAGUUGUUAUUGCUGCCCAGCUAUCAUCAGGAGAAGUACUAGAUGAGUUGGAUUUUUUUUUACUUUCAAAUAAGCUUUUUGAAAAAAUGGCAGCAUCUGCUGAAGAUAAUGCAAGCAAAUCCAAAAUGGAAUUCCUAAUACUUAUUGGAAGGCUUGCUCAAUAUUUUCCAAACACACUUAAAGAAAAGGCAAGCCGAAUGAUCAAUCAAAUACUUUAUGAAAUGGAAAAGGAGAUGAAACAGCAUGAUUAUAAAGACAGAGUUGUCGGAGGCUGUCUAGAAGCUCUUAGAGGAUUCCUCUAUUCAUUUCAAUCAAUUAUUAAUCAAAAGUUACUAGAAAAAAUUCAUGGUUACUUGAUAAUGCUAAUAUCCCGAAACCCCAACUUCGAAAAAAAAACAAUCAGCUUUACUCCUAAAGCUGUAUUAAAUAUGCUGGCGGAGCACGCAGCUCUAUUCAACAAGUGGCUUUUGAAGCAAUAUAAAAUGUGGUUCGAUUCACUAAAAACUUAUGUAUUGCUCGAAAAACCAGGAAUCCACGAAAUUAGUUUAAACGCAUUGGGAAAGUUUAUCGAAGAAAGUAUUAAAUCUUUGAAAAGUGAAGCUGAUGUAGGAAAAAAAUCGACAAUCCUUGAGUUUUUUGUCAGAAACCUGCGCGAGGUUUUGGAAUCUGAUCGUUCAUCUCUUCAGUUGAGAACUGUUGGAUUGAAAGCAUUGGGCGAGUGCAGCUUGUCAGUCACUGGGGAUAAUAUAUGGCACAUUUUUAUGUACCUUUUUAAUAAGACAGCUGUAAUUUGCAUCCAAGAGGAUACUUCAAAGAGCUUGGAUCUUUUGCCAGUUUGCCUUGAAUCCCUCGGCCUUGUUCUUACGCACUGUACUUCUCCAUUGGGGAUUGAAAGAACACAGCAGCUACAGAGAAUGUUCGUCCACCUCUUCACCCGAUAUUUGGACAUAGCCGAAAGAAAUCGAAGCGGUCGGUCUGCUGCUGUGUUUUUGGUAGGUGUUCAUGCUGCCAUAAAAAAUCCAAUGGAUUUUUCCGCUUUUGUAAGAGAUAUUGUGACCCAGAGCCUGAUUCGUUCCACUCGACCAGAGCUUGAUUCAGACGGUGUAAAGAAGUAUACCUUCCUGUGGAUAACUCUUUUGAAUUUCGCUGGUCAAGAAAAUCUCCCGUUCAGUUUGGAAGAACGUGCGUACGUUUCAGCUAUAUUAGACGAGCAGUUGGUUGGUGCCAUUUUUACGAUCAUCGGCCGUCUAGAUUUGUCAACAAGGGAAGGCAACUCGAAUGAAGAUGAAUUAAAAGCUGAAUAUCUUCCCAGUAAUCCUGCCGAUUGGCAGUUGUUUCACAAUCUUGUCGAUUUACUCGAGGGGUUGCUGAAAGCCGUGGAACCAAGGGAACGAAUGCAAAACUCACUUAUUCCAUUAGGUGAAGCAGUUAUUGCAUUGUCAACCAAGUCUCCUUUAAUUCCCGGCCUUUACCGUAUUUUGGCAACCCUAUUGUCCAUAAUCGGACAAGUUUUGCCGAUUGUUCAACAUCCCCGCUACCAAUCAUACAUGACAAGCCUGAUUAAUCAAUUGGCGCAAUUCUCGGAUGAUGUCCUCGUCUCUGCCGUGCAGGUCGUUUUAUCAAGUCCCACGUGGUUGGUUAUCUCACUGAGUAGUUCUAUUACUGGUGCCUUGGCUUCAGCCCUCAAUCUUGGCUUGACAUAUCCCCCUUUAGCUGAAUGGCCGUUGGAUGCAUUGGAACAUUGGCAAACUACUGUGCCAUUUUCAACAUUCGAUUCCAUAAUGGAAGAAGUCCUCCCAUGCCUGGAAGGUUAUCUUAGCGAUGUGGAAGAAUUGGCUAAAGAAAUUACCUUCAUUAGUGGCAAACGAUUGAAAAGACGGAAACAAAAUAUUCAAUCUACAGAAGAACGCGAAUCCUGGGAAAAAAUACGUCGUAGAGUUGUGAGAUUACUUGGACGUAUGGGGCCUAAGUGCAGCCGUUUGGUUGCUCAAAACGAAGAUCACGUAAUUGCCAGGUCAGCCACCGGAUGGCAAAUCAAAGGCCAUCUCGAGUUUGGGCUCCCGUUAUCCGACAUGAAGCCAAUCAUCCAACUUGAUCAGUUUCUUCCACGGAUACUGCAUUUGGUUCUGCACACUAGCGAGAUAAAAACCAGAAUGGCUGCCUGCGAGUUUCUUCACGCCUCGGUGAUAUUCUUAACUGGAACAAAUUCACGUCGUACCGAAGAACUACGACUUCGUUAUCCACUUGCACCCUUAUAUGCGAAGAUAUUUCCAACCGUUUUGAAUUUAGCUGCAGAUUCUGAUGAAAUCAUUCGUCAACUCUUCCGUGCGCUGUUAAUCCAGCUAGUGCAUUGGUUCUCUCGCCCUGCCUUCUAUCGAAAAGAAUCCCGCGGGCCCCGAACCGUUUUGGGAGCGGAAGCGGCUCUUUUAGUGGAAAUGUUAAUGGAAUCAGCAUGUAGAGGGCUUGAUGCUUCUUUAAUCCGCGAUCUGGCUUGUGAAUGCUUAAUGGAAUUCCUGAAAUGGACAAUCAAACAAAGCAGCGAUACAACACUUUGGGAUGAUCCGGCAGCUCCAGAUUUUCUCUUUCAAAAACUUCGGGCGUCAGCCACUCAUCCGUCCCUCCAUCAAAGGCAUGGAGCUGCAAUCGUGUUCAACAGACUGUAUCGCGUUAUGCGAGAAUCUGAUCCACUUACGUCCAUCUACACCCUGGAUCUAUUGACCCACUUUGUCACUAGUCUUUCACUCGGAGAACGUGAUCCGUUUUCAACGGAAAUCCUUCAUCAAUCUAAACUGGCGCUUUACCACCUAACCCAAACGGUUAGCUUGAAGAGAAAUCUCUUCGAGCAUCCGGAUAGUCGGCGACGAGUAGCACCUUUCCUUAUCCAGGGAACUUUGCCUGAACUGCUUGAUUUUUUAUUGAAUCACACUUUAGGAUCACAGCGGCAUUGUCGACAUAUUUGUUUGGAGCUCUGUGGCAUUUUGGCCCGUCCGCAAUCGCUAACUGAAGUGAUGACUCAAUUUUUCUCGAAACAGCCACUUGAAAAUCGUUUUCCGGAGAAUUUCCCAUUCCCAGCUCGUCUAGACGUCUAUCGCCAUCUACUUGGGUUUGGUGUGAUUGACACAAACAAAUGUGACAACGACGUUGACUUCUCAGAUCAAUUCGAAAACUUCGCUAAAAGCAUUGAAAAACGGCUCAACGAAGGACUUUCUACAGAAGAAGUGCCGUUGAACGACACAACAAGUGAAAGCUGUCUGGCGUGGCUAGGCUUUCUAACGGAAUAUUUAACAAAAUCGCAAAACAGAAAAUUUAUGCGUAUCAAAACAUUGAUCCGCGCGUGUCUUCUUCCUGCGCGACUGGGGUUCUCUGACGCCUCUGGAUCGCAACAACAAUUCUACGCGUGUUUGGAAACCCUUUUGCCUUUCUUAACACCCGACAGGAAAGUCAUAGAAUCAGUUCUAAAUUCAGAAGAAUUUCGAUUGGAGCAUUUGAAUUUAGCCGAGACACGUAGUCUGGACAUUGUUCGGGGACUGACCCUAAUCGUAAAAAGCGGCUGUGUGGGUGCUGGUUUCCCAUGUGACAAAUCACCAUCUGCGCUACUGAAAUUAGCUGUUGACAAUGUUGUUAAUAACGAAUCAGCGUCGUUAAAUAUCAGUGGAUCUACUGGAGACAGUGUGUCCUCUGCAGUGCGUGUAAGGGCGUCUGCGUUAUUAAUAGAGCUGGCUUUGUUACUUGGACUCAGCAUGGAAGUGUUUUCUAAUGAAUUUAGAAACCCUGCCAAUAUUCCAGGCGUGAUCGUGACGUAUGGCCAAUACCUGCGCUCAAAGCUUGGCCACCUCAUCUUCCCGGUUGUGAUUAAUCAAAUGUCGAGCGUGCUGCCUUUUAUUCCUCAAGAGGGUAAUGGUGAUUUACAACAAUGGGCAUUACUUCUAGAACUUUUGCAAACAGCCAAUCAAACUCAGCGUUCUCCCGACCAAAGAAAAUGGAUCGUUCAAAAUGUGCUAGAUUCGUGGAAAGUACUUGAAAAACAUGCAGGAUCUUACGGACAAAGCUUCAAUUUGCAGUUGUUAGUAAACUGCCUCGCAAGCAUUGACAUUGAUGCUGUGGGACGUAACGGCGAUCUCAAGCAGUGGGUCAUCGGCUGCUGGAAUCAACGUACCGACGUAACCCUUGCUAGUGACCUAGUCCAGCUAUUAAACGUCUUCGUCGUCGAUUGUUCCGAGUCCGAAGAAAAGACGCUAUUUGCCUCUUUACAACAGUUUUUUACCCACAAUUUCCCCAGCAAGACCACCGAAUUGGAAAAAGAUUCAGACAAAUCAGCUUAUUUUUCUAUAUUUAACCGGAUGAUUGGACUAAUACGUGUACCAGUAGUAUUCCACUUCCUCGUCGAUGUGUUUGCGUUAGAGCCCAACCAUCCUUGUCUCGAUCCAUUUAUCAAAUCGGUCCAAAACGAGGAUUGGACAGAAAGUCUCUCUGGAACUUCGCUGGAUAAAAUUUUGAAUAGGCUUUAUCAACACGCAAAAACCCGAUCGAUUAACUGGAAGACCAGAUUUGACGCCAUAGAAAUGCUGUACACAUCGUUACUGAAAGCGCUCCGAAGUGCAGUUGUCGAACGACAUGUCAGCGAGUUACUAGGGGACAUCAUCCAAAUUUGUGAGGAAGCUCGUGGUGGAGUUGAAGCAUUUGUACACAAAAUUUUGGUCUGUGCCCUAUUUGAGGUCGCCAUUGUUCGUGUAGACUACCGAAAUCUAACUGGUCAUCUCAAUACUAAUUUCUGUACGUUGCGAAAUGGCCAACAGCCCUCAGAAAACGGCCGGGAUCUCCUCAAAUACAUCAUGCAGCUUGCGUUGAACAUAAGAAAAGCUACUGCUCCGUUUAAUGAAAACGAAUUGGAAAUCUAUCAAAACAUGGAGAGAUUUUCUUUUCGAUUGGUCCUGUCAAUCGCGUCGGUAACACCAACGUUGGACGAAGAAUCGAUGGAUAAACUUAUCUUUAGACCUAUGAACCAAAAACUCGCACUAUGGAAUGCCGUGGUGGGCACGACUAAGCGUUACAAUCUAGUGGCCGAAGUGGAACGUCACCGCAAAAGAUUUCGUCUUCAUCUUCCUACCGUCUCAACUGAGGAUCGGCCAACUAAAGGUUACAUUCCAUCCCAGUUCCUAUUUGGGUCAAGCCUUAGCGAAGACGUUUAUCGUUUCGACUUCAACCAGGCGUCAUUACCGACCAAGUUUGGCAGCUACGAUGAAGAGGAAAAUCUUCCAGUUUCGUCGCCAACUAUCGGCGACGCAUCAACCGUUUUAUAUCUGACGGUAGAUGACCUGAACAAACACUCGUGCAUGAGUUUAUUGGUUAAUUUUCUCAACAAUUUUUACGCCAAUCAAACUUUACUUGCUGAUUCUGAACCAAAAUGGAUGAUCAGUUUACGAGAAGCCUUACUUAAUCCCAAUGCCCACAACAACGUUGCGUUAUUCAUUAUUCGAUUGGUUGUGAAUUUGAAAUCUAUAUUCCGAAUUUAUGCAAACUUCUGGUACAAAGCUAUGUUAGUAGCAUUAUUGCGGAAAAUUGGCGGGGAACCACUCAACAGUUUAUUCCGUGAGGCGCUUGAUAUGAUGCUAGAAUGGUCACACGAAGCGCCGCCAUCAGCUAACGAUGUUGAGUUUGCUCAAGCAGCGUCCAAUCUGGUACAAUUGAUCCUGAGAAAUAUCGAGAAUAAAAACACGGAGAUAUUGCGAGAUAACGUUGAAAUGGUCAGAGCCAUAUUUUCGGUGUGGAACAAGAUCUCGCUAAAUAUACCGUAUGAACUAAUUGAAGAAUUGCUGUCUCCCGACAAGAGCAAAAGGAAGUUGGGUUUGCUCAUUUUGGAUGCGAUUAUUGUGCAUGAUUUUUUACCGAAAAAUCAUGAAUUCAAUUCCCGUUUCAAGCAACAGUUGAUAAAAUGGUUGACUUUGGAUGAAAAACGGGAUUUGACGCGUUCAUGUGCAGCCCUAUGCGGAUCCAUUCUUAUCCGAGAGGCCGAUCACGAGUUUGAAAAGCUUGUCUGUGAUGCACUUCAAAUGUGGUAUAAUAGGAAAAAAAUUGAUGUGUUUAUUGAUCUUUUGUACGAAGUGGCAAUCCGACACCCAGCCAUCCUCUCAACAUUUGCUAGCGCCAAUCUUUCACUACUUACGGGCUUUUAUGGAGCGUUGAAGUCACGGUGUCUGGAAGUCGUGGCAAGAUCGUGGUACUACAUGGAAGAUCCUUGGAAAGAAAUUGGUUUUCAAACUAUUGAAUCCAUUCUAAAAGGGUCAAAUCCUGCUGAAUUGUGUCCUAUGCUCGCAUUAGUCAAAGAUCUCAUUCCGCGGGUUGACGUAGCGGAGUGGAAACCACUGUGGCCGACCCUGAUUCGUUUGUCACGGCAUCAGAACGUCGAAUGCCGCUCACGCCUCUAUGAAGUUUUCAAGAAAGCUUUUGAUUUAACUGAUACUCGUGAUCCAGAAUUUGCUCAAGCAAUUUUGAAAGCAUGCAGUGAUCAGGACGAAGAACUCGCUAUCAAAAUGCAAAAUUUUCUUGCUGAGAAAUUGCCUAAUGGCACUAUGGAUCGAAUCCUAGCUUACGUGACGGAUUUUUACUCUCCCGAGGCAGAAGACUAUUUCCUGCCAUAUUGUUUGCACUUUCUCCUCGAGCGCACAACACAGAGCCAUCUUUACCGAGAGCCUAUCUUUGAUCAACCCUUGGACGACAUCCCUUUCCAGUCAUUUGAUCUGCUUUCAUUUAGUUCACAGACGGUCCCCCAACGACCGUCUUGGAGUAAUUUUGGCAGGGGAUUUUCUUAUGGAACGAUUCAGCCUGGAUUCCUACGUGCAACGCAAAGUUCAAGUUCCACUGCGGUUUCGUCAACUCAAUCACCUGCCAAUUGGCUGAUGACAGAAACCCUUUCAACGGAACCGUCUUCUACGAAUCAAGCAGCGAUGAAGACAACAACGGAAACUGUUGAAAAAGAAACCUUUAAAAGUCCACUGAAGUCUUGGAAAAGAUUCACCACAACCGGUCCGCCCCCCGCGAAACCAAGUUAUGAAAAUCGGGGAAGAAGCUCUAAUAAAGCAUCUAGUCAACCGACGAUUUACCGCAAGUACCGUACAGGUGAACUGCCUGACAUUCAAAUUCCGCCGUCUUCUCUCAUCGCCCCACUCUGCGCUGUUGCACGCAAUGAUCCUGUUAUUGCCAAAUCCUUGUUUUGCCAUCUUCUUACUGUCUUGCGGCAACAAGUUAGAGAAAUCCAAGGCGAUGAUAAAGUAUUUGUAUCGAAGUUGAAUACCUCCCUUCAAUCGAUAGUGGAAAAUUAUCGGUUACGAAGCGGCAAUUUCAAUUUGGUAGCGGCAAUCUUAGAAUAUUUUUGGACCAAUACAGAUGAAAUUGCCAUGGACUCCGGAAAACUAGUUCAACUGGUUAAAGCGAGUCAUCUUCAGGCCUUAGGCAUUUUAGUGCUUGAAUCUUGUUUCCCAGACCGUCCAUUUCCAGGGCAAAGUAAGAAACCUAAACGUCAAGAAGUAAAGGAUCAGAGUAGCUGGUUUCAUGUAGCAAACCUGUAUGGAGACAUUCAAAAUGUGGAUAAUGUUAGAGCGGUUGUAUCCCAUCUAACAGACUGCAAAGAGUCAACUAAAAAAGCCAUUGAGAGCGAGUCGAAACACAACUGGAGGAAGGCUUUCGAAUAUUACAGCCAAGUUUUCAAGAGCGACACUCCAUCCUCAGCCGAAAUGAAUUUUUGCGACGAAUGUAGACUAAAGUGCCUCGAGGAACUUGGACAGUGGGAUGAGAUUGGCGGCCUUAAUCCCAAAAAAGAGCCAUGGAAUAUCCGAUUUCGUGUACGGAAUGCCUUGCAAAACUUUCAAGUUGGUCCCGCAGCACGGGAACUUGAUAACAUUCCCUUGUCUACCGUUGAUCCUGUUCUUUUGGCAGAUUUGGCUGCAUUGGCUUUAAGGAAUGGAAACGAAGAUCGAGCUGCCAUUUGCAUUGCCAAGGCCACGGAUAAAUUUCUUUCUCGAUACAGUCAGCUGUCUCCAUUGAACUUUGGAGGUCGCAGGAACCUCCUCGAACACGUCUGCAUUAUCACCGAGAUUCAGACGUUCAUGGAACAUUCUGAUAUCAUUCCGAAUGCUAGUCACCCUCAAACGGGUGACAGUCUUCUUGUAUGGGAUACGAUCUUAGCACUAAGAACAUUUUUUGCUCAACGCACAAAGACGGAAAGGAAUUUAGCAUCCGUUAAAUCCUUUCGUUUGAAACUGGCUACCGUUGCCUUAGAACAAAAAAACACUGAGCUAGCCCGCAAACUUGUGACGGGAACUACUGAUUUUCAAGAGAUGUUGCCCUUUCAUCAUUUGAUUCAGAGCAAAAUUCUUACCAUGGAAUCAUUGUUGGACUCCGAUGUUGGAGCAAGUAAUUUGGAUCGGUUCAUCUUGGCCAAGGAAACCAUCAGUCGUGCAGUAGCUGUCUCCGCUGAUGUUCCGGAGAACGGUCGAUGGGAAAUCGAUCUUGAAAGAUUUGAGGCAUCCCUAUGCGCGCAAGUAUUUCAACUGGUCGAUAACAUACAGCCUAAAGAAUUGGCUAGUAGACAGGCAAAGCUAGUUGAGCUAUGGAAUGUUCAACCUAGAGAGAUCAUCCAGGUUGGACUGAAACACGCGGAACGCCAAGCCCAAAUUGCUGAAAUGCAAGGGACCAACUCCGACAUGGCAGAAGCCUAUUUCAUCUUAGCAAAAUAUUUCUCGGAAUGGAAAAAUAUCAUGCCGGAUGAGGAGUAUAGACAUGGCUUGACGCGAUCAGUUCUUUCUUCUAUGCGUUACGGAUCACUUGAUGGCCAGGGCCUGUUCCCCCUAGUAAUUUUGGCAUUAAAAGACGACUGUGCGGACACUCGUGCGUUCGAGACAUUUAGCUGUCACGUUCCUUUAUUCAUGUUCUUGCCUUGGGUUAAUCAGCUCGUUUCGUAUUUCACGUCAUCUUCGGCAAUUCCAAAAUUGCUUAUUGAUAUAGCAGAACAACAUCCCAUCUACGUCAAAAUACCCUUCGGCCUCACGCGACUCAGUCUUGGUGCGGAAGCGCUCACCAAGAGCGAGACGAGCCUUCUUGAAUCUAAACUGUUGACUGACCAAACAUGGGAAAUGUUUUUGAAAAGUAUUGACUACCUUAAACCCCCAGAAAAGGCUGCACGCCAACUGUUGAAUUCAGAGACUUAUGCGCAAGAUUUUCCAAUUUUUCAGUCCAAGUAUUUGAAUUUGCCUCCACCAACAGCUAGGUCAGCCCACGGCCACACUCACUAUUCGUUUAGCGAAGCAUUUACGGGAAAAUUUCAAGAGUCGUUGGAUCAAGGUCACAUCAAAUCACUUUUAAAUUCGCUGGACUCCUUCAAAAAGAAAACGUUUCCUGGUCAGAAAAGCCUUCGAGAUUAUUCUCCUUGGUUAGCAAAUUACCGUAUCGACGAUGGGACCGUAAAUAAGUUGGAACUUCCAGGAUUGAAUGGAAAGACCCUAAAGAUUGAAACCUUUAGGGACGAUCUUCACUACCUUCAGUCAAAACAGCUUCCAGUACGGUUAACCAUCGUAGUGGACGGUGCUGUUGAAUAUCCUGUACUUGUUAAACAUGGUGAGGACUUGAGACAGGACGAAAGAAUCGUUCAGUUAAUCAACUCAAUCGAUGUAGCUCUCGUCAGGGAUGUCGAGAGCAGAAAACGGAGUCUGCGGAUUCGCACCUUCCAGGUCAUACCUUUGACAACAGCUUUCGGUAUAUUACAAUGGUUACCCGAAACACUUACUUUAAAAGCUUUUCUAGACACCGAUAUUCACUUCCGCUCGUCUCUGAAAUCUCUCAAGCGCGACAUUGAGAGACAAUUUUCAGGCAAAAACCCACUCCAUUUUAUAACUGCAACCCAACAGCAGCUUCUCAAUGACUAUUCCAAGCUCGCUGAUAAAGUGUACCCGUAUGGCCUAAGAGGUGCUUUGAAAAAACUCAGCCAAUCGCCAGAAUCAUUUUUCUAUCUACGAAAUCGACUGGCAUCCUCUCAUGGCACUCAAUGUUCAGCUCUUUGGAUAUUAGGAGUAGGAGAUCGACACCUUUCGAAUUCUCUGGUUUCAACUAAAAACGGAGACAUAAUCGCUAUUGAUUAUGGCAUGGCGUUUGGCAUGGCCACAUCCCAACUUCCCGUGCCAGAAGUCGUAUCCUGCCGAUUGACGAAUCAGUUCCAGUUUCUAAUACCGGGCCUUAGUCUUAACGGUUCAGUUCGUGAUAGUAUGGUCCACACGUUGCGCGUUGCAAAAGCGGAAUCAGGCUCCAUCAUUGCGGCACUAUCUGUUUUUGUAACCGAGCCUACCCUUAAUUGGUUGAAGGAGGCCGAGCUAUUGGCAGAAAAUCGAUAUCAGGCUAUGUUGGCAAAUGAAUCAACCAGCUGGUCACCCGCGCAAAUCAUUGAAAGAACAGAUAAUUUACUAAAAGGAUUCAACCCUUCUGUCAUCACCUGUCAAGAUUUACAAAAAAACAAGAUUUUCUCAACAGCAGAUGGCCAAAAGCUUUUACCUCAAUUAUUUGCUGUUGUUCGAGGAAAUGGGAGCAUGCAAACAAGCCCCGACAUGAAUCCCGAAAUUGCUGCUGUUAAAAGAAAAGCUGAACUACAUUUGAGUCGUCGAGCAAGUAUGCCGCAGCAAGGGCUGUCUUCUGAUCAACAGAUCGAAUGCUUGAUUGAACAGUCCACAGAUCCUGCUUGUCUAAGCCGAAUGUACUGGGGAUGGGAGCCUUGGAUUUAAAUAUCAUCGAAGUGGUUGCGAAUCGUGAUCUAAAAAUUGGCAUAUGAAUGAUUUUUUUUUUGUAAAUAGCAGCUACCCGAAGCCGAGAAAAGGUGAUUGAAUCCAACUGUAAAUCAAAUACGCAUUCGGAUGCGAUAAAGCAAAAUAAAGGUGAAGGGCUUACCAUGGA